CCUCGUCACCUCCCCUACGCAGACGCGGAGGAAGGGGGCGUCGGGAAAGCCCCUGCUUCGAAGCCUUACACUCUUCGUGGGCGGCGACCGCGGCCCGACUGACAUCAUUCCUCAUGAGGAAGGAGACACAAACAGUUCUGGGCCGACCAGAAAAAGGACGACUAGGACUUGACUCUGAAUCGCAGGAUUUGAAGAGAUUUCUCCUGGCUUCCCAACGAGGCUGGUGGGAAGCGGUCCUCCUCCCAUACACGACCUCCCACCCUCGCAAGGCGUAGAAACCAGUUCUGACUGUACAGUAAAGCGAAGGCCAGGGCUGAGGUCUGGAGGCUAAUGAAAGCACAGAAAGCGUCGAAACUGGAUGAGCAGGAAGCGAGUGGCCUCCCCUGUCAUCUGACGUUUUCGCAGGAUGUAAUUUGCCUGACUGAAACAGAUCAGGACCAACAGGGAGAGUUUUCGAUUUAGUGUGAGGAAAAGAGCACUAAAUUGUAGCAAAAGACCUUAUCGCUCAAGGCCCAGUCGGAAGAUUUCAUAAGAAAGCUGUAGAGAGUCCUAAGAGGAAAUCAGCCAGGCGUGGUGGCGGGCACCUGUAAUCCCAGCUACUCGGGAGACUGAGGCAGGAGAAUCGCUUGAACCCGGGGGGCAGAGGUUGCAGUGAGCCGAGAUCGCGCCACUGCACUCCAGCCUGGGCGAAAGAACGAAACUCCAUCUCCAAAAAAAAAAAGAAAAAGUCCAAAGAGGGUAAAGCCUGUUCCCCCUUAAAAAACAGCUAAAGACCCUUCGGGACGCUGUUCCUUGUAAAUGUCAACUACUUCCGCGGGAAAGAACGCGCAAGCACUUGGCCUUGUGGGCGCUCACUUGCCCCGGAAGUACUGUAGAGUUAGCGCCUCGCUUUCCGGGGCGGAUUGUCUGUCGUUGCAGUAGCUGUAGGAAGGGGAGGCCAUUUUCCGUUUCUGGGAAGAGUGAGGGGCAACGGGUCGGAGAAAAAGGAAAAAAGAAGGGCUCGGCGCCUCCCCGCCGGGCCGUGGACAGAGGGGCACAGUUUCGGCAGGCGGGUGAGGUCGCUGAGGGCCCGCAGGAGAUGUUUUCCUUGUCGAGCACGGUGCAACCCCAGGUUACAGUUCCUCUGAGUCAUCUCAUCAAUGCCUUCCAUACACCAAAAAACACUUCUGUUUCUCUCAGUGGAGUGUCAGUUUCUCAAAACCAGCAUCGAGAUGUAGUUCCUGAGCAUGAGGCUCCCAGCAGUGAGCCUUCACUUAACUUAAGGGACCUUGGAUUAUCUGAAUUAAAAAUUGGACAGAUUGAUCAGCUGGUAGAAAAUCUACUUCCUGGAUUUUGUAAAGGCAAAAACAUUUCUUCCCAUUGGCAUACAUCCCAUGUCUCUGCACAAUCCUUCUUUGAAAAUAAAUAUGGUAACUUAGAUGUAUUUAGUACGUUACGUUCCUCUUGCUUGUAUCAACAUCAUUCAAGAGCUCUUCAAAGCAUUUGUUCAGAUCUUCAGUACUGGCCAGUUUUCAUACAGUCUCGGGGUUUUAAAACUUUGAAAUCAAGGACACGACGUCUCCAGUCUACCUCCAAGAGAUUAGCUGAAACACAGAAUAUAGCGCCAUCAUUCGUGAAGGGGUUUCUUUUGCGGGACAGAGGAUCAGAUAUUGAGAGUCUGGACAAACUUAUGAAAACCAAAAACAUACCUGAAGCUCACCAAGAUGCAUUUAAAACUGGUUUUGCGGAAGGUUUUCUGAAAGCUCAAGCACUCACACAAAAAACCAAUGAUUCCCUAAGGCGAACCCGUCUGAUUCUCUUCGUUCUGCUGCUAUUCGGCAUUUAUGGACUUUUAAAAAACCCAUUUUUAUCUGUCCGCUUCCGGACAACAACAGGGCUUGAUUCUGCAGUAGAUCCUGUCCAGAUGAAAAAUGUCACCUUUGAACAUGUUAAAGGGGUGGAGGAAGCUAAACAAGAAUUACAGGAAGUUGUUGAAUUCUUGAAAAAUCCACAAAAAUUUACUAUUCUUGGAGGUAAACUUCCAAAAGGAAUUCUUUUAGUUGGACCCCCAGGGACUGGAAAGACACUUCUUGCCCGAGCUGUGGCGGGAGAAGCUGAUGUUCCUUUUUACUAUGCUUCUGGAUCCGAAUUUGACGAGAUGUUUGUGGGUGUGGGAGCCAGCCGUAUCAGAAAUCUUUUUAGGGAAGCAAAAGCGAAUGCUCCUUGUGUUAUAUUUAUUGAUGAAUUAGAUUCUGUUGGUGGGAAGAGAAUUGAAUCUCCAAUGCAUCCAUAUUCAAGGCAGACCAUAAAUCAACUUCUUGCUGAAAUGGAUGGUUUUAAACCCAAUGAAGGAGUUAUCAUAAUAGGAGCCACAAACUUCCCAGAGGCAUUAGAUAAUGCCUUAAUACGUCCUGGUCGUUUUGACAUGCAAGUUACAGUUCCAAGGCCAGAUGUAAAAGGUCGAACAGAAAUUUUGAAAUGGUAUCUCAAUAAAAUAAAGUUUGAUCAAUCUGUUGAUCCAGAAAUUAUAGCUCGAGGUACCGUUGGCUUUUCUGGAGCAGAGUUGGAGAAUCUUGUGAACCAGGCUGCAUUAAAAGCAGCUGUUGAUGGAAAAGAAAUGGUUACCAUGAAGGAGCUGGAGUUUUCCAAAGACAAAAUUCUAAUGGGGCCUGAAAGAAGAAGUGUGGAAAUUGAUAACAAAAACAAAACCAUCACAGCGUAUCAUGAAUCUGGUCAUGCCAUUAUUGCAUAUUACACAAAAGAUGCAAUGCCUAUCAACAAAGCUACAAUCAUGCCACGGGGGCCAACACUUGGACAUGUGUCCCUGUUACCUGAGAAUGACAGAUGGAAUGAAACUAGAGCCCAGCUGCUUGCACAAAUGGAUGUUAGUAUGGGAGGAAGAGUGGCAGAGGAGCUUAUAUUUGGAACUGACCAUAUUACAACAGGUGCUUCCAGUGAUUUUGAUAAUGCCACUAAAAUAGCAAAGCGGAUGGUUACCAAAUUUGGAAUGAGUGAAAAGCUUGGAGUUAUGACCUACAGUGAUACAGGGAAACUAAGUCCAGAAACCCAAUCUGCCAUCGAACAAGAAAUAAGAAUCCUUCUAAGGGACUCAUAUGAACGAGCAAAACAUAUCUUGAAAACUCAUGCGAAGGAGCAUAAGAAUCUCGCAGAAGCUUUAUUGACCUAUGAGACUUUGGAUGCCAAAGAGAUUCAAAUUGUUCUUGAGGGGAAAAAGUUGGAAGUGAGAUGAUAACUCUCUUGAUAUGGAUGCUUGCUGGUUUUAUUGCAAGAAUAUAAGUAGCAUUGCAGUAGUCUACUUUUACAACGCUUUCCCCUCAUUCUUGACGUGGUGUAAUUGAAGGGUGUGAAAUGCUUUGUCAGUCAUUUGUCACAUUUAUCCAGUUUUGGUUAUUCUCAUUAUGACACCUAUUGCAAAUUAGCAUCCCAUGGCAAAUAUACUUUGAAAAAAUAAAGAACUGUCAGGAUUGAAAACA